GGAGGCUUGUUUUCGUCGUUGCGCUGGGCUCGCUCACAGAUUGCGUUUUUCGGCUGCGGAGCCGGUGUUCGAGCCACGUGUUUCGGCCGGAAUAGCAUUCGACCACGGAGAACUAUCCCUUGGGCGAGCUCAGAGAAUCCUCCUAUUGAUGCGAUUUCUUGUUUUCAGCGCAAUGCAAAUCUUCGUACAGUGUCAGGAACUUCACGCUUUCACCGUUGAGGGUACCGAAACCGUUUCGGACCUCAAGGGUUUUGUGCAGGCUCGCGAAGGUGUUGCCGCCAAUGAGCUGACUCUGGCAACCCGUGCCGGACGGAGCCUGGAAGAUGAGCAACUCUUGAAGGAUGUCAUUGUUGAAGGAUCAUACAUUGACGCUACCGUAGGACUUCUCGGAGGAAAGGUCCACGGAUCUCUGGCUCGUGCCGGAAAGGUCAAGGGACAAACCCCGAAAGUCGAGAAGCAGGAGAAAAAGAAGAAGAAGACCGGCCGCGCAAAGAGGCGGAUGCAGUACAACCGCCGAUUCGUUAACGUUGUCGCCACAUUCGGAAGGAAACGCGGACCGAACGCCAACCACCUAGCUGCUUGAAUAAAAAAUCGCGGCGAUAUGCCUUAAAAAAGA